AUGGAAACACCACCAUUUCUGGAACAGCCACCAGCACCAUCACUACCGGCAUUGGAAAUGACGGUGGAAGGGUACACGACCGAUUCGGAUAACGGGUCGUACGGACCUGUUAUUGCGGUUUUGGCGGUGAUCGUCGUUCUGUGUAUCGGAUCCAACAUGGUUGGCAGGCUCUGUUCAGGUCGUCAGAUCAUGGGUCGUGGUGGUAACUUCGACAUUGAGUUGGUCGAGACCCAAUGCUCCUCCGGUGUCGACGGGGGAAUAGCUCGUACUCCUCCUCCGCCACCUCCUCCGCCGGCGGCGGAGCCUGGAGACGGUUCUGAAUGA